AUGUACUCCGUACAUCCCAGCUGUGUGCCUUCGUACAUUAUGCCUAAGCGCAAGCGCCCGGGCGGAUCCCCAUCCCCACCGCCCCGCUCCUCACAUCGUCCCCGCCAACCGCGUCAAAUCUUUCCGUCCCGAGGGACGUUUUGUUCGGUGCCCAGCUUCGCUCAGACUGAAGUCGAGAAGGCCGAUGACGGGAACAAUCUUAUAGCUCGCGCGCGUGAACGACUCGGGCGGUACGACAGUGCCAAUGAAUCUCAACAGCUACAAACCUGCUUUGAGGGACUGCUUGACUGGCUUCCGCCAGGAGGAAGAGACUCCACGCGCACGAUAUUCUCAAUGCGGAAGCUGGUGAAAUGUCCCUAA